UUUCAGAAGGCAGUUCCGGUGUUUUAUUGGUACCAGCAUGAAGAUUGCUAGUUUUGACAUCUUUUUUCAGGCAUUGGUGCUAAUAUUAGACAUUCAUUUGGUUCACAGUCUCACUAUUUCUGUAUUCAAGUGGGUGGGAAACGACGUGUCUUUGGAGUGUAUCUGUCGCAAAUCAAACGAAGAGCGUUUGUCUGGUAUUGGUUGGAGCAGGAAGCGAAGCAGCGAACGGGAUUUUGUUGACAUUGCAAGCAAAGACGUUAAGAAUGGUUGGAUGGGGUACGCACCUGGGGAGGGUACUUUACUGCAGAAGAGAACGGUGUUGAGAUUCGGUUUGUGUAAGUUCAUCAUCACAUACAUGGAGAUUAGGCGCGAGGAUGAAGCUACGUACAGAUGUACUGUGAACUACUUCGUCAACGGUUCGUUCUAUAACAAAACUAACGAACUGUCUUUAGAAGUAAAAGUUCCUUGCAAACUAAAGUGUGAAAAUGGCGGAAGUCCUAACGAUGUCUGUAACAAGUGUAACUGCGAUGGAAAUUGGAAAGGAAGUGCAUGUCGUGAAUGUGGACUAACUUGUCUGAAUGGUGGUACACCGCUUAAAACGUGCACUGUAUGCACCUGCCCUUCAAGAUUCAAAGGACCCACAUGCAGUGAGUCUGUUCCUUGCAAACUAAAGUGUGAAAAUGGCGGAAGUCCUAACGAAGUCUGUAAUAAGUGUAACUGCGUUGGAAAUUGGAAAGGAAGUACAUGUCGAGAAUGUGGACUAACUUGUUUGAAUGGUGGUACACCACUUACAACAUGCACUAAAUGCACCUGCCCUUCAAGAUUCAGAGGACACACAUGCAGUGAGUCUGUUCCUUGCAAACUAAAGUGUGACAAUGGCGGAAGUCCUAACGAUGUCUGUAAGAAGUGUAACUGCGUUGGAAAUUGGAAAGGGAGUACCUGUGGUGAAUGUGGAGUAACGUGUUUGAAUGGUGGUACACCGCUUACAACGUGCACUGAAUGCACCUGCCCUCCAAGAUUCAAAGGACCCACAUGCAGUGAAUCAGUUCCUUGCAAACUAAAGUGUGAAAAUGGCGGAAGUCCUAACGAUGUCUGUAACAAGUGUAACUGCGAUGGAAAUUGGAAAGGAAGUGCAUGUCGUGAAUGUGGAGUAACUUGUUUGAAUGGUGGUACACCACUUCAAACCUGCACUGAAUGCACAUGCCCUUCAAGAUUCAAAGGACCCACAUGCAGUGAGUCUGCUCCUUGCAAACUAAAGUGUAAAAAUGGCGGAAUUCCUAACGAUGUCUGUAAGAAGUGUAACUGCGUUGGAAAUUGGAAAGGAAGUACAUGUCGUGAAUGUGGAUUAACCUGUUUGAAUGGUGGUACACCGCUUAAAGCGUGCACUGGAUGCACCUGCUCUUCAAGAUUCAAAGGACCCACAUGCAGUGAGUCUGGUGAAUGUGGACUAACUUGUUUGAAUGGUGGUACACCACUUACAACAUGCACCGAAUGUACCUGCCCUUCACGAUUCAAAGGACCCACAUGCAGGGAGUCUGUUCUUUGCAAACUAAAGUGUAAAAAUGGUGGAAGUCCUAACGAUGUCUGUGAGAAGUGUAACUGCGUUGGAAAUUGGAAAGGAAGUACAUGUCAUGAAUGUGGAGUAACUUGUUUGAAUGGUGGUACACCGCUUAAAACAUGUACUGCAUGCACCUGCCCUUCAAGAUUCAAAGGACCCACAUGCAGUGAAUCUGUGGAUGACGAAUCUUCUGGUCCUAAUUGGGUAUUGAUCGUUUCAAUCCUGUUUCUUCUCUUGCUCCUGUUGAUCAUCAUCAUCAUCCUCAUCAUAUGUUGGAGAAGACGACGUCGACAACAAACUGGAGACGGGCAGACCUAUGUGCCAUUUGAUGAAACAAGCCCUCAGGCACUGGGUCAGAGCACACGGAAAAAGAAGUCAAAGUCCCAUUCACGCUCAAAAAAAAAGGGUAAAUCUAAGCACAGAUCUAGGUCAUCUUCCAAGAAAGGGCACAAAAACAAGUCCUCAAAGAGUGCGAGUAAAAAAUCCUCGAAGAAACAGAGUCAUAAGUCCUGAUAGGGAUAGAGCAACUGGACAAAACUCGGAGUGACGCCGACACAAAUCCUUCGAAGAAACAGAGUCAUAAGUCCUGAUAGGGAUAGAGCAACAGGACAAAACCUGGAGUGACGCCGACACAAAUCCUUCGAAGAAACAGUCAUAAGUCCUGAUAGGGAUAGAGCAACACGACAAAACCUGGAGUGACGCCGACACAAAUCCUUCGAAGAACAGUGAAAAAGAGAUCCUGUCCUCGUGUAAAAAAACGUGUUAAUUUAUUCAUUAUUCAUUAUUUGAUGAUGUUCUGUAAUGCAAAUUUAAUGGAGAGAUGUAAAUAAAGUGUAAAG